AGCAUGUGACCACGCCGCGCCGGGCCUGGCGUGCAGUGCCGCGCGGUGGCGGCGGCGGGGAGAGCAAUGGAGGCCGCGGGCGCCUGAGAGCCGACUGGCUGCUGAGGCUGCGGCUGCGGCGGCUGCUGCUGCGGAGGCUCAGCCGGCUGGGACGCCCGCCCGGGAUGUGCGUGGCGCGUCGCCGCUCUGCCAGCCGGGACUCCCAGGGACCGCAGUUUCCAAGAGCUGUGAUUUCCAGGCUGUCUUGGUGAUGCACCCCAUUUUCUGAUGCACUUAGCAUCUGAUGCACUUAGCACCAAGGUGGAAUUGCUUUUUUAAAAGAAGAAAAGCUUGGUGGAGAAUUGUCUAACAGUAAAAGGAUUUGUGUCCAUUCGUAAAGUAACAUUUAAAAAGUCAUGGCCGCGGAGGAAAUUAAACUUACAAAGAGUAUCCACAGCGAGUCUCUGAGCGCUGAUGUCUCAGACAAGAAGAAGGGAAGCAAAUUCCAGCCUUUUAAGAAGUUGUUUGGCAAAAGGAGAAAGAAAGGUGCGUCAUUGUCCAGGGAGGAGUCAGCAGGAAGGAAGAAUUCUCCUCUGAAUGCCGUCAAUGGGACCUUCUCUUCAGAUGAGGAGACUCUGGAAAACAAUCUAAGGUCCUUCAACUAUUCUAUGGGAGCUCGGGCGUUUUCCCAUGACAGUAUUUUUAUCCCUGAUGGGGGAGCAGAAAGUGAGCAGACAGUUCAAGCAAUGUCACAGGACAACAUCCUGGGCAAAGUCAAAACUCUUCAGCGACAGUUGGGCAAGAAUAUCAAGUUUGGGCAGCGGCCACCUAAUGCCAUCCCCAUGAAGAAGGCUGGAAGUGCAGAAGUUAGCUCCGAAGAGGACUUGUUCCUGACCAGUCCCAUGGAAGUUGUGACUCAGCAGGACAUUGUCCUCUCAGACACUGAGAACAAAUCCAGUGAUACGCCAAGUUCUCCAAGUCCUCUGAAUCUACCCAGAGCUGGAAGUGAGAUGGAAGAGAAGGUUGCUCCAGUUAAACCCUCUCGGCCAAAAAGGCACUUUUCUUCUGCUGGCACCAUUGAAAGUGUCAACCUGGAUGCCAUCCCCCUGGCCAUUGCUCGUCUGGACAACAGUGCUGCCAAGCACAAGCUCGCUGUUAAGCCAAAAAACCAGAGGGUUUCAAGGAAGCACAGGCGGCUUGCCCAGGACCGACAAAACGAGCCAGGUAGCUUUGAGGGUCAGUUCUCCCUGGACCAGAAUGGGCAGCCAGGAGAAGACAAGUACACUUGUCCUGAAGAGGAAUCACAGCCUUUGGAUUCCCAGGAAGACAAAAGACUCCAAGAAGAAUAUUGGCAAGAACUUGAAGCCAAAUGCAAAAGGCAAAAGGCCGAAGCAGCUGAGAGGAGACGCCUGGAAGAGCAGAGGCUGCAGGCACUGGAGAGGAGGCUUUGGGAGAACUGCAGGCAGGAGCUCCUAGAGGAGGAGGAGGAGGAGGAGGAGGAGGAGAAGGAGGAGGAGGAGGAAGAGGAAGGUGGGGAGGCCCAACUGCAGCUAGAGGUAGGCAAGGCACCGCCAGGAGAAGGACAGCAGGCAGGUGUGGAGGAGCCGCAUGGCAGAGACCAAGCACCAAGAGAACCUGAAGACCCAGAGCAUCUGAGGGUCGAAGAGCGCAGGCGUGUGCUGGAAGAGGCGGAGCGGCUGGAGGAACUGAGGCAGUGUGCUCAGGAGGAGGAGGCCAGGAGGCUGCUGGAGGCGCAGAGGCAGCAAGAGGAGUUGGAGGCAGAGAGAAAGCGGAUGGAGGAGUUGAGGCAAAAGCAGGAGGAGGAGGAGGCGAAAAGGCUACUGGAGGAGUUGAGGCAGCAGGAGGAGGAGGAGGCGAAAAAGCUACUGGAGGAGUUGUGGCAGCAGGAGGAGGAGGAGGAGAGAAAGCGACUGGAGGGAUUGAGGAAGCAGGAGGAGGAGCGGAGGCGGCUGGAGGAACUGAACCGACAGCGGGAGCAGGAGGAGGAUGCCAAACGCAGGGAAGAGCUGAAAAGGUGGGAGAUGGAGGCGCUGGGGCGGCAGGAAGCGGAGGAGCGUGGGAAAGCCCCGCAGAGUCCAGAGGAAGAAAGUCAGCCCCAGACAGAGGACGACGCCGACCUUCGGAGCCCACUGCAGAACGACCUGGAGGAGAAGCUAGAGGAGCACGAAAGCCUGCAACCCAGACUGCAAAGACAAAGCGAGGAGGAGCUGAAGCAACCCACCCAGCAGGCCGGCGAGCGGACUGGAAAGAGGGGAGGUUUGGACGAGGAUGUUGUAGACGAGGGAGGGAGAGAAGCCGGCAAAAUAGACAAUCCUGAGCAGCAAGAAUGGCAGACGGAGGAAACGCCCGAUGGGAGGAAGGAAGCCGCGGCUGCGGACCAGGACAGAAAGGUGGAGGAGCUGAGGUGGCAGGAGGUGGAGGAGCGGCAGACCAUGCCCCGGCCCUACACGUUCCAGGUGUCCUCGGGAGGGAGGCAGAUUCUCUUCCCCAAAGUCAACCUGAGCCCCGUGACGCCCGCCAAGGACGCGGGCUUGGUCCCCGCGGCGCAGGAGCCGCAGGUGCCCGGAGCAGGCCCGGCCCCGCACUCCCUGCCGUCUGCGCUGAGCAUCCCGCACACCGCCAUCCUCGUCACCGGAGCGCAGCUCUGCGGCCCUGCGGUCAACCUGAGCCAGAUCAAGGACACGGCGUGCAAGUCUCUCCUGGGCCUGGCAGAAGAAAAGCGGCCCGCGGACGUCCGCGCCGUCGAGCCGCGGGCCAGCGGCAGUAAGGCCAGGCCUCACCCGGAAUCGCCGAGCAGUGCGGCCGCGCUGGCCGAGUGGGCUUCCAUCCGCUCCCGAAUUCUGAAGAACGCAGACGGCGACCCGCGCGGCGACAGAGACCCGGCCAGAACCGGGGACGAGCCUGCAACCCGGGCGAGGUGCGACUCCCGGGGGAAUCUGCGCAGGACCCUGCCAGUCAACGCCAAGUUCUCGAUCAUGUCCGCCAGGCAGAAAUUCUCAGACAGCGGCGCUGAGACCCCCAAACAGAACCCGGAAGCUGAAAGUAUCAGAAAAAAGCCGGGGCCAGCACCCGGAGAAGAGACGGCACCCCAGCCACCGAUUGCCGGGCCUCCGGAGCCCCGCAAGAGUCCCGAGCUGCGCCGGGAGCCAGCAGACACCUCUGAUGGAUGCAAAUUUGCCAAAGACCUUCCGUCUUUCCUUGUUCCAGGCCUGCCUUCUCCGCAGAAAGGUACGGCUGACACAGAGUUCACCAGUUUGGAUGGCGAGAGUGGUGUAGUAAAGCCAGACCUCGUGAUGCCAGGGAGUGAGGAAAAGGCCUCCCCCUUUGGAAUAAAACUGAGAAGGACCAACUACUCCCUCCGCUUCCACUGGGACCAACAGGUGGAACAGAAGAAGAAGAAAAGGCACAGCAGCAUGGGAGACAGUGUGGAUGGGGGGACCCCGGCAGCUGGGAGCACUCAUGGAGAGAAAAAAGAGCCGGAGGCUGUGACCCUCAGGCAUGGCCCAUCCCUCCUCCAGGAGAGAAAGCAAGCCUCAGCCCCUCAGAGGGACUCUGCUGAAAGUCCUGGCAGUCAUUCUGUUUUUGUAGCCCAACCAGGGCCCUCACCAGUCAGCAGCCAGGUCCCAGCUCCAGAGCACAAGGCAGCAAGCAAAAUGCCACUGAUGCCCAAGCCAGCCCUGGCUCCCAAACCCACCGGCCAGACUCCACCUUCAUCCCCACUCUCCAGACUGAGCAGGCCCUACCUGGUAGACCUGCCCACCAGGCGGGCUGUGAAACCAGACCCAGAGCUCACCAGUGAGCCUUCCAAGGAGGGCCAGGAGAGCAGUGUUAACCAGCCACCUUCACCAUCACCCUUAGAGGACCAGAAAAGGAGGGAUGAGGAGGAAGAGGUGUCAGAAAAGAAACCUGCUUCACCAACUCUGUCUGCCAGCCAGCAAGAGAGAUCUUCCCUGAUUCCUGAAACAGGGAGAAAAGAGAAGCCUGUGCUUCAGAGCAGGCACUCCUUAGAUGGCUCCAAACUCAUGGAGAAAGUUGAAACUGCCCAGCCACUGUGGAUAACAUUAGCACUGCAAAAGCAAAAGGGGUUUCGUGAGCAGCAAGCAACUCGAGAGGAGAGGAAGCAAGCGCGGGACGCCAAACAGGCAGAAAAGCUCUCCAGAGAAAAUGUCAGUGUCAGUCCACAGCCUGGAAGCAGCCAUGUCAGCAGAGCAGGCUCCCUGCACAAGUCUACAGCUGAGCCAGCAGAAGAGAAGAAGCCUGAAACUGCAGUGUCCAGGCUCCAGCGCAGAGACCAGCUGAAAAAGGCCAACACCCUUCCUACAUCAGUGACAGUGGAGAUCUCAGAUUCUGCUCCCCCGGCUCCGCUGGUGAAAGAAGUCACCAAGAGGUUCUCCACCCCAGAUGCCGCCCCUGUGUCCACGGAACCAGCCUGGCUGGCUUUGGCCAAAAGAAAAGCAAAGGCCUGGAGUGACUGUCCACAAAUUAUUAAGUAAAGAAGGACUCUUAUCCAUUUCUGUGGCCAGUUCUUGCCCUUUUUAUUUAUUUAUUUUUUAUAUGCGGUAAAGAAACCAAGCUAGGAAAAAGAAGCAUGUUUUACAGGCUCCAAAAUAAUGUUUAGAAACUGAACUGGUGAUGUUUAUUGUAAAGAGUGUAUUUGCACAACCCUGGGUUCUGGUGCCUUGAGCUCCCCCUAGUUCUCAAGAGACAGUUUCGUCCUAGGGACCACAUGAGGCAAAAUCUGCAGAAGAGCUCCUCAGGAGAGCCUGCCAUGCUUGUUCCAUGGCCUUCCACACACGCACACACACCCCACUUCAGAAUGUGUACUUUUGCCAAUCUUUGUCAUGGUUUUGUUUUCCUUUUCUCUUUUCUAUCAAAACACUACCCUGCCAUGUUUGCAUAUGUUAAUGGCGACAGGCUCACAGAGAGGUGAAACACAAUGUCACUCUCCCAAAUGCAGUAACUGGAAAAUAAGGAGAAGUCUGGUUCCCAGCUCUGUGCCUAUGUCUGGUUUUCAUGAAUUUUUCCGCACCCUAAAGCUAUAAUUUAAAGGGAAAAUCCACUCACACUUACACUCCCUGGCAUCAUGGAAUGAUCAGCUAAUGAGAGCCCUUCCAUACCGGAACCCUCUUGAAAGACACAUGGAGCAUUUGCCCUAGCUGGCUCCUGAGGAAAGCUUUCAUUUGAUCUGAUGAAGGAAAUUCUGUGAACUUUUAAGUUUUCUUUCUGCCUCUGAGAAUCUCCAUCUAGUACAGUGGCUCCUGUGCUGUCCUGCCUGCUUUCCAGGCCUCCUCCCAGGUCCUGUGAAUACACAGCUUAGAAUAUAUAUUUAGAAAAAAACUCUUCAGAUGAAUUCUGAUAUAACCCAAAGGUUAAGAUUCUGGUGUAAUAUAGUGUGUCACAGUAUGAAGAGAAGGGUUAUUUACCCAAAGAUGCAAUAGUAAGUCAGGAAAAUAAUAAAACUACCACCCAAAUUAGCCAUUUAUGUAAAAUAUUUUAUGGUGUUGACAUUACAUGUCUAAAAAUUCCCUUUGGCCUUUAGGGAAAAUUAACAAGAAACCAAGAUUUGUAGCUUAUUUGUACAAAGGACUUCCUGCAAAAAUUUCUUUACUGUAAUUGAAUAAUUCAGAGUCAGAUAUUCUGAAGCAUUUAAAAUUUAGAGCAUUCACCUUGCUACCUUUAAAAGCAUCUCAGAAUUUAAGUGGCCUUUUUAAUCACACGUGUGCACAUAAGGAAGGGACUUGGCAGUUUCAAAGCCACAUGUAUUUUCUUUCUCUCCAUUUGCUUUACAUGAAACGAGACAUAUCAGCAGACUCCCACACACCGACUGGCACUAUGUAUUUCAGGAUGUUGGCAUAUUUCCCUUUUUCUUAAAUUCUUACUCCAAAAUAUAGGUGCAGAUUCUUUGCCCAGUGCAGGGGGAAUUACAUCCUUUUUUCUUCCACACUAAUGUUUUAUAACAUCCAUCAGAACUUUGCUUUGUGCUUUUACUCAAUAUGCAAUGUGCUGUUGUUCUGUCUAGCUUACAGGAUGACAGGAUUAUGUUUACCAUAUACAAACCAUUUUCUCUCUAGAAACAAUGGCUCAGCUUCAUUAAGCAGCUGGCAUGUGUGGUCAAGUGGAUAGCUGUACUAUUGCAAGUUGGACUUAAUAUUAUAUAUACUGGACCUUCAGACUGUUAAGAAUCAAUGUAACAUUUUUUACUGCUACUGUAAGCAAUCAUUAUUCCACUGCACGUUUUCACACCGAUACUCAUUUCUAAAUCUUAUAUGUAGAUAGUUGUUAGUUCAGUGAUUUCUUCGCUGAUAUAAUACUUUUUAAUGGGAAACUUUCCAUUCAGAGCCCUGGAAUUACACUGCUACAGUGAUUCUUCCAAAUUGACUUUUUCUUUCAUCCUGUAAUGGCAGGAAUCAUACAGAAAUAAGAUGAUCAAGAACAGCAGAUGACCCUGUGUUGGCUCAAUACCACGAGCCUAUGCAUGGUACAAGUAACUGCUUAGUGAAAAAUAUCCCUCAGUCUUGAAGAGGAAAGGGCAGUCUUUGUAGUAACCGCUAAGAACUUCUAAAGGGUUCAUGGUUAACAUUUCAUUUACAGACCACCCCAAAUUUGCACUAAAUACCAAUGAAGUGUUAUUUUGCUUUAGUUGUGUUGCAGUCUUUUCCGAGCAACAAACUCUGGGGAAAUUCUGUGAAAAAAAAAAAAAGUUCAAGACUUUUAUUUAAAUGAAUGACUGCUAUAUUGAAUAUACAAGCAUUUAAAAAAAAACUUAAACACACUUCUCCUGGCAAUGUUAUAGGUGAUUAACCUUUGUUCAUAGACUUACAUAUGAAACUAGAGUUUUUUGUUUACUUUAAAAAUGUUUCAAGUGCAAUUGUUCCUUAUAUGAACAUUAUUACCAUCGAAUUAUCAUUUAGCCACUUAUCUACAAAUCUAUAGUUAUGUGUUCAUCGUCUCUUCUUGUGAUGUUUAGUUUGCUUAUUUUAAAGCAGCAACAUUUAGCUACAAGUGUCUUGCAAUAUUUUUACCAAGAGCAAAGUUAAGUAGUGACUUCAUUCAAAUUCCUUAGUGUGAUUUUAAUAUUAUUUUGAGAUUUUGGUUGUAUAAAGUUUGAAUGUAAGAUGUCCAUUAUUGAAGGGAAAAGAUCUUUCAAUAAAAAAAUGCUGACAAGAUCUUGGCACUGAAUUUCCU